AUGCCUCUCAAACGCCCCAAUUCGCCGACCCAGCGAUCGACCUCCUCUUCCAAAUCGCAAACGCCCUCAGAAAUACAAAUAUCUCCACCCAAGAAACCCAGGCUCUCUGCACCUCCCUCGACGACCAGCGCCAGCGACGCUCUCAAAGGCCUCAAGGUCCACAUCCUAGACGCAAAGCUCGACAGCGCCGCCAUCGCCGAGAUGCUCGCCCUCCUCGCGCGCUGCGGGGUGAAGGCGUGCCAGACCGCGGACGCGGCGGACGUAGUCGUGACGGCGGUCACCAUGCGGAAGCGGCUGGAGAGGCAUAUGGACUGGGAGACGGCUAAGACGAAGUGCGUGGUUACGCCGGAAUGGCUGCGCCGCUCCGUGAGGGACGGGAAAGCCGCUCCGUGCGAGGAGUACGCCGCCGUGGAAGAUCUGCGGCGCACGACGACCAUCGCCAGCCGCGAAUCCGACAGCAGCGCCCGCUCUCCGACCCGCGCCGCCCUGUCCCUCGACAAGCCGUCGCCCCCGCGUGUACCGGCACACCUCCUCCCGCCCGCCCCGCCGCCGGCGUUCGACGCCGCGUCGCUCGACUCUGGCGCGCGCUUCUCGUGCCUGCGCGCGUCGCCCCUCGUCUGCGCGAACCAGGGCUUGUGCGAGCAGCUCGACGUCAUGCGCCGCGCGCGCGAGCUGGAAGGCGAGGAGCGGAGCGCGUUGAGCUAUCGGCGCGCGCUCUCGGUGCGUCCUUAUCCGCGCAAGAUCUCGUCAACGCGCGAUGUGCAGAAACUGCCGUAUAUCGGCGAGAAGCUUCUCACGAUGGUCGAGCAAUAUAUGACGACCGGCCAGAUCGUCGAAGUCCAGUCUACGCUGGCCUCGCCGCGAUUCCACGCGCUUGAGGCGUUGUCGACCGUUUAUGGCAUCGGGACCACGACCGCGCGCAAUCUGUACGCGCUGGGGCUGCGCACGGUCGAGGACCUGCACAAAUACUACGAAGUGAGGGUUCCGUGUGGGGACGGGGACGAUUCUGCAGCUGCGGCGGAUGAGCCUGGGCAGGCGCUGCUGCGGGGCGCGGUGAUCGACGCGGAGGAGGACGGGGAGGAGCCCUGGAUGAAGAUCGCGUUGGGUUUGAGAGAGGAUCUGGGCAAGAAGAUACCGCGAUCUGAGGUGGAGGAGAUCCAUCGUGUGAUCGUUUCUGAGGUGGAGGUGGUCCAGCCGGGAUGUGUGAGCACGAUCGUCGGCGGCUAUAGGCGUGGAAAGCCAGAGAGCAACGACGUGGAUAUCGUGUUCACGCAUCCGGACGGUGAUCAGGCGAAGGGGCUCUGCAAGCGCGCGAUGGCAUGGCUGCAUCAAAAAGGCGAGCUCGUCUCACCUCGCUUUUUGCUCUGGAUCCUCAAACGGCGAACGAUCUUCCACGCCCACAACGCACUGCGCACGACGCACUGGGACUCGCUCGAAAAGGCGCUCACGGUGUUCGUUCUCCCGAGCGCGGACUCGGGGGGGCCGCGUCGUCUCCGUCGGAGGGUGGACUUUAUCUUCGCGCAGCCGGAGACGUAUUGGACGGCGAUCGUCGGCUGGACGGGCUCGACGAUGUUCGAGCGCGAUUUGCGGUAUUGGGCGAAGGGACGGUGGGUCGGUCUGAAGUUCGAUAGCUCUGGGAUCACUCGGCGGCGCGAUUCGAGGCUCAUAUAUCCGCGCACGGAGAAGGAGGUUUUCGACACGCUGGGUCUGCCUUGGAUUGACCCUACGAUGCGCAACGCGGAUCUCUAAGAUGUUCUUAUUCUUAUUUUUAUUUUUAAUUCUUAUUUGUUUUUCACUUGGGGUGGUCGUGUCGACGGCCUUCAAUAUCAUGUCGCUCGAUGCAGAUAUCGUUCAUCAUGGCGGCUAGUGGCUGCGUGAUGCCCGCCUCGAAGUCGCAGUCGCUUGACAAAUGGAUGCGGAUAAGCCAUCCGCGGCGGCGCGCGCAUUCUUUUCUCCAGAUCACUCCACAGGCGGUGCAUUGCGAUGAAAGCAAAUAGUGUUCCGAUUGGAUCAGCCCUGUUCAAGGACGCGGUGCUUUCUUCCAGUACAAGCUAGUGCAAGGGAGUAGAAGCAAGUUGAGGCACUGUUGAGGCCAUGGAAGGGGCGGAGCUGGGAGGACUUUCUCGGAGUGUGGGGAUCUGUGGAGUGGUUUUCCAGUUACAAGGGUGGUGGGAACGGCGUCUGGGCUCUGCAUCAUAGGGUAGCUCGAGUAUCUCCUGCAGACCGCCGAGGGUCGCAAAAAUGCUACUGAAUUGUCUGUCUGC